AUGUACUUUACCGAACCAACAGUUACUACUACCACCGCCACCGUAUUCGAGGAACGAGCAGCUAAAGGAUAUGCCGAAGACGAUGAUGACAGUGACGCUGAUGACGAUGAAGAAGAUGCGGCUUCCAAAUGGGUACGACAACAACGAAACAUGAUUGAAUAUUAUGAUCAAAAGACAACAGAACAUCGAAUACUCGUUACCGCUAUAUCUAGUGAUGCCCCAUCCGGAUUCAAAUGGAUUAGGUGUAUUAAUUGUGACACUACUGUAUAUGGAUAUCAGAUUGGUGGGGUUUCAAUCCUCUCUGAUGAUUUGAUGCCCCGGACAAGUGAAAUAUAUAUUAGCCAGGGCAAUCUGCUGAAUGCCGAUGACAUAGAAGCUCAGAAAAUGGCUCUAGAUUAUUCGCCCACCUUCCGGAUCCGUUUGAUUCAGUUAAAUCUUCAACCUGCUCCUAUUGAUGUUACCGCUAUGCCACAAUCCUUCCAAACAGCAUUCGAGAGCCUUCAGUCAAACCUCCUGACGUACAUACAUCAAAAGAGACUAGAAACGGAUGCUCUCAUUGCCGAAUACACUGUAUCGCAGAACGCUAAAUUCGAAAAAGAAUCUGCUACAGCUAGAUCAGAACGUGAAACCCUCUGGUCUAGAAUAUGUCUAGUCAAUCAAGAAGCUCUGUCACAACAGCCGAUACCAUCCGUAAUUCCACAAUCAGUAAAUAAUACCACCACCCAACAACAGCAAAUACUAGAUCCACUGAAUAGUAACAGCAACCGUUCAAGCAAAACAUCCCCACCAAACUCAUUCGGAACGUCUGUAUCCUCAUUGACUUCAACAUUGUCGUCCGACCCUCUAUACGGCUCAUUACAAGCAGAUCGGACAUGGCCCAUCAAUCCAAGGAAACGAGCAUCAUAUGUCCCACCAUCUCUACCGCCAAAUGUCCGCAUACCGAUACUGCCAAAUCCGCCUAUAGUGUCGAAUACUAGUAAUGUGGUGCCGCCGGGUGAUAAUUCGUCAGUGCCUAGUUCUCCUGUAAAAGCACUGACGCCACCACCGAGAAGGAUUAAAAGUGCAUUGUCAUUGUCGUCGCUGACUGGACAGGGCAUGUCGUCUAAGAAUCUGAGGGUGACGUUUGCUGAUCAGCCUGUGGAAUUGUUUAGCAGGAAGCCACUUGAUUUGCAUAAGGAUACUACUGGUCUGUUUUCACUGGAUGGAUUUGAAGAUCACAUCUCAUCACCGAUAAAACCACCAUUACAUAACGACGAAUCUGAUUCAGAUGCCGAAGAUUUCACAACAUCUAAAUCACAAUCUCGACCAUCCGAACUAUUCGGUACAUCACUGCCGAUAGAUAUAGCAUCACCAGGUCUUCAAUCAUUGCUUGCAUCACGACCAUCAAUGACCAACUCGUCCACCUCUUCCACACAAACGGCUAAUGGGAAUGUAAAUAAUAAUAGUAAUACCAAUAAUCAACAGAAACGGACCAUCAACCCAAUGGCACAUAAUGAAGGAAGUGGGAUCGUACAAGUAGACGGCAUGACUCUUGGAAUAGAUGCCAAGACGGCACAAGAGUUGUUGGAUGAUGAUACUGUGUUUGUUGCACCACAUGUAUUGACUGCUUCGCUCAAGGCAGAGUCGACGUUUGAUAGGCCUAGCAGUUUCAAGCAGGCCAGGCUGAUGACUGUAUGA